AUGGCUUGUACGACGAAGAAAAGGCUUCGGUAUAGCGGCUAUCGUGAUAUAAGGGAGCUGCUGCCAGCAUCACCAACCACCAACCAGCACCAGGUCCUUCACCAGGCCCUUCACCAGAUCCAUCGUCUGCUUGUGAUGGUUCACGAGCCAGCGGACUUCCUCCUCUCCACCGGAGAGAUCCCAAGGAGUUUUGGGUUAAGGAUGCUGAGACGCCACUGGCACCGGCGCAAAACUCCACCAGACGAGAUUUGA